UCAACUUUAUUCAGGCUUAGAUGGACAAUAAAACCAGUGAUCGACUGGAUGCAGUCUUCAAGAAAUGGGAGAAGAAAAGUAAUGCAGCCCAGGCUAGAGAAUUCGCCAUCUCAAGUUCAGGAAAAGAGAAGUGGAUAUCAAAAUAUGGUAAUAGUCCAGCUGCGAUACCAAGAAUGAAGAAGAACUAUCGAACUCCCAGUCAACGGCAGAGAGUGCAACAUGACGGUUAUUCUGGUUACUUGCCAAGUUUAGGUAUCAAGCUGUCUCACAAAACAGUGACAGUGUCUAAUAAAUGCUGCUACCGUUGCACUCCUAACAGUCAUUCAGUCUGGCACCCCAAAACAGAUAAACAGAUAAAUCUUAUUCAUUCUCCAUCUUGUCGUCGUUUUGGAGUUUUCCCAUACUAUUUCAAUGACAUUCACAAGUCUUCUAGCCUGAAAGUAUCGACUCAUCCGGAGACUGAAAAUGCAGUUCUUACUUCCAGAGAAGUUCAGGCACAAAUUGACACUUACCCAGAUAAGAAUAAUGCUACUGCUGAAGCUUACAAGAUUUACAGUAAGAUGUUUGCACAUUCGUGCUCUCUUUUAGCUAAAGUGAUGGGCUGGAUGAUAACAAAAGUUUUCCAAUUUUCUACGACUGGUGUUUUCGUUGAGGAGAAGGAGGUAGAAAUACUAAGGCAAGCAGUUGAUAGAAAGCUCCCCAUUCUAUACCUUCCAUUGCACAGGUCUCACCUGGACUACAUAAUCCUCAUGUGGACACUCUGUCUCUGUGAUCUGCCCUCCCCUUUUGUAGCAGCUGGUGACAAUCUCAACAUUCCAAUAAUCGGCUCCAUUCUUAGGAAGCUGGGUGCUUUCUUUAUCAGGCGGAAACCUAAGGAGGAUCACGAGCUCUACAAAUCAAUUCUGGGUCAGUAUAUGAUCGAGUUGCUAAAAGGAGGUUCUUCAAUAGAGUUCUUUGUCGAAGGUAGAAGAUCAAGAAGUGGUCUAAUAAACCCGUCCAAGGUCGGGCUUCUCAGUCAAAUAGUGACUGCAGUAAAAGAGGGAGUGAUCAGCGAUGUACUACUGUGUCCACUCUCCAUCACUUAUGAUAAGUCACCUGAAGAGAGUCUCACUCUGGAGCUACAAGGAGCAAAGAAGAGGCUGAGAAUGUAUUCACUGCUCUGUGGUAUUAUCACCUUCCCCAUUAGACAGCACUACGGAUCAGUUAGAGUUAAUUUCUCAGAACCUUUCUCUUUAUCAGAGUAUGUAGAAAAGACCAUAUCAGAUGUGAGACUACCCUCUGAUAGGUGGAUAAACGCUGCGGACAUGGACACAGCUGCAGUGUUCAGGCUCGCUACAAGGCUGGGGGAUCACGUGUUGUUUAAUGCAAUGGAGACUAGCAGUGUCAGCGAGAUUGCUGUAGUAUCAGUUGUUCUCUUGAACACAACGUCUAGGAGUUCUCAGGCAGAGUUGGAAAAGGACGGUAAAGUUUGGAAUAGUGUGCUAGAUGCUUUGAAGAAAAACACUCCAGUCUCAUUUAAGAAGGGAUAUCUUGGUGAAGCUAUCAAAGAUCUGGGAGGGUGUCUUGAAGUCACCGAACAGACUGUUGAAGAUGAAGUGAUACAGCUAUAUAAGCGAGCACCUAACAGUAAAGCUGAUCUCCUACUCCAUUACUACUCCGCUCCAAUUGUCAUGUUCUCUCUGUCAGUCAGUGCACUGUGUAUCAGUGUUCCUGGCAUCAUUGUCCACAACAAGUUAACAGAUACCCACACUGUCUCCAAGAACAGUCUCAUGGUUCGAGCACAGUACAUCUGUGGGAUCCUACAAAGCACUGUGACGGCUAACCCCCCGUGUAUUGCUGUUGAUCAGCAACUAUCCUUCGAUCUGGACAGUCUUUUCACCUUGGGUAUCUUCAAACACAAGCAAACAGCUCUGUCAACUACUGAGCAAUCUCGACUCAACAAAGCCUCUGCUAUAUGGGACGACACUAAAGAUGUAGGGAAUAACGAACCUGAGUUUUAUGACGAUUCUCUUCUUGUAGACAUGAACAAGAUAGACUCCUGUCUACAAACUGGAUCAAUCCUGAUACCGUAUAUAAAAACCUUCUGGUUUGUUCUAGAAUACACGGAUAUCCUGAGAGAGUCUGUCCAGAUGAACAAGUCAGAGUUUGUAAGGGAGCUAUGUCAGAUAGGGCAGGAGGAAUACGAGAGAGGGAUCAGACCUGCUCUAUGCACCUCACAGUUCCAUAUUACUAACUUUGUAGACAAACUCAUCCACCUCAGGGUGGUUGUGAUUGAAGGAGAGUAUUUGAAACUAAGUGAACAGUAUGAUGGUACAGAGAACUUUCUGACAAUGGUCAGCUACAUUUCUCUGUUUCUUUCAGAGAGGACCCCUUUCUAUCUUGAUCCAGAGUGAAUGUUUCUUAUAUACCUAACUAGUGGUUGAUUUGCAUGAAAUUUUACAAAUAAAUGGGCUACAAGCAAAUUUCCACUCUUAUAAUUUUAUUUUUG